AAUGGAAUCGUUUCAAAUCCAUAGACCAGGGAGGGCACUACGAGUAGUGUCUGAACGGGAAACUCAACUAGUGAAAGAUAUUAUUCAACAAAUAGCUAUGAAGGUGUUAAAGGCGGCAGAACAUUUUACGGUACCAAAGAUUUUAAAAAUGAAGAGAGAAGAAAGUAGAUGGAAGAGGAAAUUGAAACAAAAGCUAUGUAGAAUUAAUUUGGACACUCUUAUGAUAACAAUUGGCUUUUAUACCUUUUUAUUUCUCGUUGUAAAUAUUAUACUUAACAUAAAACAAAGAAAUUUCAUUAAGGACGGAGAAUAUUCGCCUAAAUUAUUCUUUCAUUCUCGUCACGAACAUAAUCCUAUGAUAAAUCAUCAUCCUGGAAUGUUAUUUUAUAAUCAAACUACACUCAGUACUGUUCAUAGAAAAUCCACAACAGCUAAACUUUAUAUAGCAGAACAAGGAUUCUUUUCCAAAUCUUCUUUAAAAGCUAAUGAUAAAAAAUUUGAAUUAAAUGGAAAGUAUUUUCGUAUUUUAGCCGGUCAAUUUGAUUUUACAAAAGUAAUUGAAUCCGAAUGGAAGGAUCGCCUUAAAAAGCUUAAGUUAGCUGGUUUAAAUACUGUUGUUACAACAAUAAUCUGGAAUGAAUUGGAAUUAAGUCAGUUAAUUAUUGACAAGGAAAAAAUUUCACGCUUUCUUCAAACCGUUAAAAGUGUAGGUUUAAAGUUAAUUGUUGACUGCGGUCCUUAUGUUGGACCUCAUAUAGUCUAUGGGGGAUUACCUUCAUGGAUGAUUAAAGACGGUAUAAAAAUUCGAUCUAUAGAAGAUAAGAAAUAUCUAAAAGCAAUUAAUAGUUUUCUCUCACAAGUUGCGAAAAUUUUAUGGAGAUAUCAAUAUUUGAAAGGUGGUCCUCUGAUAGCGAUUAUGAUCGAAAGAGACAACAACAAUGUAGAUUAUCUUAAGAAUAUAAUUUCUCAACUAAGACUCAAUGGCCUACACGAAAUGAUCUUUUCCUCCAAACAAGUAAUCGGUGCUUACCUAACUUUAUUCGUCCCGGAACAUUCUCGUCAAUUCUCAGUUGAAAAAUUAAUCACUAAUUGGAAAGAAACCAAUAAACAUUCAGCUCUCUUUUUAUCAAAUCUGCAAAUUAUCGAAACAACUUUUUACGGAACUAAGCCAAAGCAAAUAAAUGUAGUUAAUAUUAGAAAGGUGUUAAAGUAUGCCUUAGCUAAUGGUGCUUCUAUUAAUAUCGCUCCUUUUAUUGGUGGAUCACGUAAUUUUAGAGUAUCUUGUGAUAAUUCGAAAAAGACGUGUAGCAAUAAGACAGUAAUUGCGACAACUUUUCAUUAUUCUCUGCCAGUUAACAGCCUCGGAGAAGAGUCACUUACGUAUUUUGUAAUGAGAGAUCUUUUUAAGGAAAUGUCAUUGACAAACGAUAUUGAUUACACCAUGAAUAGUAGACCUGAUAUAUCUUCUUUUGGUAUAGUGAAAUUGGAUCGGCAAAUUAACAUUCAACAGUUGAAAGAAAAGAAUAAAAAGUUUUUCUACUUGGAAAAUCAUGAAAAGCCUUUAAUACCUUCUUAUGGUGAGAUCUAUGUCACUUACACAACAUUUGUUGGCGCAGCUACUUAUAUUAGCCUAAAGGGUAGUUUCAAUCCUGGAAGAGUACAGAUUAUUAUCAAUAAUCACAAAUUGGCAGAUGUUAUUAGUCUUAAUUCGACUUUUGAGAUUGGUAGAAAGAUUCUCAUUCCUCGUUAUAUGUUAACUAGUUCCAAACAACAUACAUUAAUGCUUGUCGUUAAGACAGCCGCAACACUUAAAAAAGAAAAUCUAGUCAUUAAAAUUCAAGGAAAGACCCCAAAAUGGUGGAGAUAUAUACACCUUCAAGACAUUAAUACUAUCUCUCUUAAUUCAACAACAGAGAAUAGUAUAUAUCGGCCGGCCUUCUUAUGUGGUUCAUUUUUUAUUAAGAAGUCGUCAAAACUAGCUUAUUCGUGGUUAAAACUGGAAGGGUUAGGAGAAGGUCAAGUAUACAUAAAUGGUUUUACUAUUGGUAGUUAUAUGAAUAUUAAUUGGCCUCAUUCAAAAAUGUUAGUUCCCAUGUCAUACUUAAAAUAUGGGAAAAACACUAUAACAAUCCUUGAAUUGACGAAUUCAAGAACUCUAGCUGUUGCUUUUUCAAAUUAG